AUGAUCCGUCUGUUACAAAUAAUUCUUAUUCUCCUUCUUCUAAUUGCCUUUCAAUUUACAUUAGCUUGGAAUAAUACCUCUCAUUACGAAGUUGCUAGACUUAUUGAACAACAUGUAGAUAACCAAGAUGUCGAAGUAAUUGACCUUCGACCUCCCUCUCAAGAUGAUAAGCUCAAUAAUAAUUACAUUGAGUCGUCAUAUCCCGAUGAAACCAACAUUCACGAAAUUCAAGAAUACCCCCCCUCUGCUAGAUUACCCCCAGGUGUUCAAUGGAAUGAAGAGGGUCAGUAUUGGGGAUAUCAACAGGUGCCUAAUAUCGAUGCCUCUUGGAGCGCGACUGGAUGCAUUCCGCCAUACUGCAUCCCUGCUCUAUGCUCUCAAGGUGGGCCUGGAUCUUUAUGUUCUCAAAGUUGUGUCACCCAGAAUUGUGAGGUUGGAUGCUUCCCAUAUUGUAUUGGAGGGUCACAAUGCAUCGAGAAUACGUGCCGAUGCAAUGCUUUUAGGAAACAGUCGAAUUGUAAUCUCAUAUCCCCUUCAGAUUGUCAAAAUUUCUUUGGCAUCUUUUGUUCAAGCGGUUGCUUCAAACCGGCUUCCGCUGCUCCACCAUCAGGAUGCGAUUGCAUAAUUCCAUACUAUGUUCUUCGAAAGCCAAUGUGUGCUUUAGAAACUCUCCAGAGUUGUCCCAAAAACUGCUCAAAUCAUGGAAUUUGUGAUCAUAAAAGUGGAGAGUGCAUUUGUGAUACGGGUUAUACAGGACCUGAUUGUUCUCUCAUUGACCAUUGUAUCAAUAAUCCUGAUCUUCCACCCUGUGAAUUUGGAUGUAUAUCUUUGAAUGAUACGCGUCUUUGCACCUGUCCGGACAAUCUUGUUCUACAGCCAGAUGGAGUAAGUUGUGAAACCCCAUGUCCUCCUGGUUUAACUGGACCUCAAUGCUCUUAUGAUAUUGACGAGUGCUUGACUGGAAUUCACGAAUGCCAGUACUUUUGCAAGAACACAUUUGGAUCCUAUGAAUGCCAGUGUCUCCCUGGAAUGACUUUAGAUCCCAGGAAUAAUAGAACUUGUAUUGGAAUGACUUGUGAACCUGCGUGUAUUCAAGAUCAAGGAGAGUGUGUAGAAGGGGGCUUCUGCAAAUGUCACCCAGGUUUCAAAGGACUAAGAUGUGAGUCUGAUGUUGAUGAAUGUGCUUUAGGAACGAGUGGCUGCGAUCAUGAUUGUAUCAAUACAUAUGGCUCAUUUAGAUGUAUGUGUCGACCUGGAUUUGAGCUGGAUUCACGUGAUAAUAAGACGUGUAUUAUGAAAUCUUGUAGUCCACCCUGUGUGCCUGGCCAAGGGGAGUGCAUUGAUGGGAGAUGUCAAUGUCGUGAAGGCUUCCAGGGUAUUUCCUGCGAAGGAGAUAUAGAUGAGUGUACAGAUGGAACUCACGAUUGUGAGCAGAAGUGUAUAAAUACUCAUGGGUCCUUUCAAUGCGCAUGUUAUGAUAGAUAUAGACCCUCUACCGGACAUCCUAAUCGAUGCGAACGUGUCGAUUGUGAUCCUCCAUGCAUAUCAGGUCAAGGUUACUGUAGAGAUGGAGUAUGUGAAUGCGUAAAAGGUUAUUCAGGUAUAGCCUGUGAAAGAGACGUGGAUGAGUGUAGCGAAGGACGUCAUGAUUGCGAACAGAAAUGUGUCAAUACGCCGGGUUCUUUCAGGUGUGCUUGUUAUGGAGGAUAUCGACCAUUGGCUUCUGAUCCUCGCCGCUGUGAACCGAUAAGGUGUGACCCCAGUUGUGUUCCGGAACAAGGGGAAUGUCAAAAUGAUGUCUGCGUAUGCAGAGAAGGCUUCACAGGAAAGUCCUGUGAGAAGGAUAUUGAUGAAUGUCUGGAAAGUACACAUGCCUGUGAACAAAAUUGCGUUAACACUCAUGGAUCUUAUAUUUGUACCUGUAAUGAGGGUUAUCAAGUAUCACCCUAUGAUUCUAAAAAAUGUGAGCAAAUUAGAUGUGAUCCGGACUGCGUUCAAGGACAGGGUGUCUGUAUGAAUGGUGUUUGCAAAUGCUACGAAGGAUUCACUGGAGAAACUUGUGCUGACGAUAUUAAUGAAUGUGAACUUCGAAUUGACGGAUGUGAUCAUAUAUGCAUCAACCAGCUCGGAUCUUAUGAAUGUGCAUGUAAUCCAGGUUAUGAGUUAUCUCUGAAUGACUCCCGUGCCUGCGUCCCUGGUGAUUGUCUUGCAAACUGUGUUCCCGGAAAAGGUGAUUGUGAUGACCAUGGUAGGUGUAUUUGUCGUUCGGGGUAUGAAGGACCCUACUGUCAACAUGAAGUAGAUGUCUGUUCAUUGGGACAUCACCAAUGCGAGCAUAUUUGUGUUAGCCUUCCGGGAAAGAGACAUCUUUGUAGAUGUUAUCCCGGCUAUAUUGUUGACCCCAAAGAUCCAAAUCAGUGUAUCGUCUACGGCUGUGAUCCACCCUGUGAAAUCGGUCAAGGAUUAUGCAAUUAUGAAAGUAAGAAGUGUGUUUGUGAAUCUGGUUUCCGGGGCGAUCGUUGUGAGAUAAAUAUCAAUGAAUGUGCAGUGAAUAAUGGUGGUUGUUCGCACAUCUGUCUGGAUACACAUGGAGCUUUCACCUGUGAUUGUCCUCCAGGAAUGCAACUAGCCGAAAAUAGUACUACUCAGUGUGUUGCGGAGGAAGGAUACUGUGAUCCACCAUGUUAUUCUGGAAGGGGUACUUGCGUUCGGGAAAAUUACUGCAAGUGCAUGGAGGGCUUUUCAGGAAAGCAAUGUGAAAACAUUCUUGAUGGAUGUUUAGCCUUUAGGCCAUGCGAACAAGAGUGCGUCAGUCUUGAUGGGGGGAAAUUCGAGUGCAGAUGUUUUCCAGGGUACAAACCAAGCCAACCAAACUUCUUCGCAACACGGUGCGUACCUGAAUGCCAGGAAGGUAGAAAUUGUAUCCAUGGUCAGUGUUCAAAGGGAAAAUGUAUUUGUAAAACCGGCUAUACUGGCGAAAAUUGCGAUGAAGAUGUUGACGAGUGCCAAGAUAGAUCACUUUGUGAGCACCAUUGUAUCAACACACCCGGAUCCUACAAUUGCAAAUGUGAAUCUGGUUAUGUUCUUCAACUUGAUGGCCAUUCUUGUCGUCGCGUAGACGCCUCAGUGGAAAGACCUUCGAGAUACUGCAUUAGUGGAGUCAAUUGUUUUAAUGGAAAAUGUUUGAAUGGUCGGUGUACUUGUCAAUCUGGAUAUAUGGGGGAGAGUUGCGAAAGAGAUAUCAAUGAAUGCACCUCUGAAGAUGGCAAUCGAGCUCGAUGUGAGCAGAUUUGUGUUAAUACAGAAGGAUCUUAUGAAUGCCAAUGUGAAUCCGGUUUCCGACUUCAACCAGAUGGUUAUUCGUGUCAAAAAAUCCGGGCUCCUGAAUGCAAGGAUGGAGAGAAUUGUUUUCAUGGCUGCUGCUCAGAAGGGGAGUGUAUCUGUCGUUCAGGAUUCACUGGCGAUCAAUGUGAACGAGACAUUGAUGAAUGUUCAGGAGAAACUGGUAUUCGACCUCGAUGUGAACAGAGAUGUGUUAACACCUUGGGAUCUUAUAGAUGUGACUGCGAUUCAGGAUUUAUUCUUCAACCUGACGGUUUCUCUUGUAGACGAAAUGAAACUUUUUUCAACUGCCAAGACGGUUUAAAUUGCUUCUAUGGUGCUUGUCUGAAUGGUAGUUGCGUCUGUCAACAAGGAUUUACAGGAAACAAAUGUGAACUCGAUAUCAAUGAAUGUGAAGGUGAAUUAGGAACGUAUGCUGGAUGUACUCAAAGGUGCAUUAAUACACUGGGAUCUUAUGAAUGCAAAUGCGAGCCAGGUUACGAGCUUGGACCGGAUGGAUACGCCUGCUUCAAAGUGGAUCCAUUAAUUGAAUGCAAAGAUGGAGUAACCUGCAUUCAUGGGGUCUGUUCUGAAGGGGAAUGCAUCUGCAAAUCAGGAUUUACGGGAGAAAGAUGCGAGAGAGAUAUUAACGAGUGUUUAGGAGAAAACGGUUUUCCACCAAAUUGUGAACAACGAUGCAUAAAUACUCCCGGAUCUUAUGAAUGUGGUUGCGAAACGGGUUACGUUCUCCAGGCAGACGGAUAUUCGUGUGAGGAAGUGAGUUAUGCUCCUUCCAGACCUGCUCGAGAUUGUCGUGAAAACUUCAAUUGUUUCUACGGUCAAUGUUCGAACGGUUAUUGUGUUUGUGAAUCAGGAUUUACUGGUGACCAAUGUGAUAGAGAUGUCGACGAAUGUGUUGGAGAACUUGGAACUGUUUCCAGAUGCGAGCACCGCUGUAUCAAUACACCAGGUUCCUACGAAUGUCAGUGUGAAUCUGGUUAUAUAUUACAACCAGAUGGAUAUUCUUGCAGGAAAUCAGACCCAGUUCUUGAAUGGCCGCUAUACAAAUGUCAGCGUGAUAAGACUUGUAUCUACGGAGAUUGCGUGAAAGAAAAAUGUCACUGUCGACCAGGAUUCACUGGUGAAAGAUGUGAUAAAGAUAUAGAUGAAUGCGAAGGAGAGCUAGGAUUCGUAUCUAGAUGCCAACAACGAUGCGUUAAUACCUUCGGAUCAUAUAGAUGUGAUUGCGAAUUCGGUUAUGAACUUCAAACUGAUGGUGUCUCCUGUCGAAAAACUGCUCCUGAUACCGAAUGUAAAGAUGGAGUAAACUGCAUAUAUGGGAGGUGCUGGAAUAAUCAAUGUAUCUGCCUUUCAGGAUACACUGGGGAAAACUGUGAUCGAGAUAUAGACGAGUGCAUAGGAGAAGCCGGUGUUCAGCAUCAAUGUGAACAAAAGUGCACCAAUAAACCAGGAUCGUAUGAUUGUCAGUGUUAUUCCGGAUACGAGUUACAAUCAGACGGAUUCUCCUGCCGUCGAGCUGAUGUUGUCAACGAAUGGACAGGUUACCAAUGUCAAAGUGGUGUAAAUUGUAUCUAUGGAAACUGUGUCAAUAAUAAUUGUGUUUGUCAGCAAGGCUUCGCUGGUGAUAGGUGCGACAGAGAUAUCGAUGAAUGUGUGGGGGAAAUGGGAAGUGAGUCCAGAUGUGAACAGAUAUGCAUCAACACCCCCGGAUCUUACGAAUGCCAGUGUAAAACCGGAUAUGAACUCAUGCCCAAUGGAUACUCUUGUCGACCAACUCAAAACGCUUUAUACUGUAGACAGGGUGAGAACUGUUUCUAUGGACGGUGUAUGGGCGACAGGUGUAUUUGUGAAUCAGGUUUUACAGGUGACACAUGUGAAAGAGACAUAGAUGAAUGUAGUGGUGAGGAAGGAAUUCGAGUCGGUUGUGAGCAUCUUUGUGUCAAUUUUCAUGGUUCAUAUGAGUGCCAGUGUUAUCCGGGGUAUAAAUUGCAACCCGAUGGUUUCUCUUGUCAACCAGAUGGAAUUGAAAAUCAAUGUCCUAUUGAUUGUCUAAACGGUGGAAUAUGUUUGAACUACGGCUGUGAAUGUCCCAUUGGCUAUCGUGGGCCAAGAUGUGAAGAGAUGGUCGAUAUUUGCAAGGAGCGAAAUCCCUGUGAACACUUCUGCUAUAGCAAAUCGGAAGGCGGCUAUAUGUGUGGUUGUAAAGAAGGCUACGAACUAAAUUCCGAUGGGAAAACUUGCAGCGUUCCAAUUGAAUGUAACCCGCUAUGUGCUAACAACGCUCAAUGCUUCCGUGGAAAGUGCAUCUGCCCUCGCGGUUUUCAAGGCGCCAGUUGUGAGGAAGAUAUCGAUGAAUGUGCCAUGCCGGCAGUCGUCCAUGGAUGUGCUCACGGAUGCCGGAAUACCUAUGGUUCUUAUGAGUGCAUCUGCCCACAGGGAAAUAUUCUUAUGACGGACAAGAGAACUUGUGUCGAGGCUACGUCCUUAGUUGAAUGCACUCGUCCAUGUCGAAACGGAGGAGUCUGUCAUGGUAACAAUAUCUGCUCAUGUCCUCGAGGUUUCGAGGGUGCCGACUGUUCUAAAGACAUUGAUGAAUGCACAACACUAUCACCAUGUGAUCCCGAAUUCGGAUCGUGCAUUAAUCGAGUCGGUGGAUAUGAGUGCAUUUGCCUGCCUGGUUACAUUCUCCUCCUCGAUGGCAAACAUUGCAUUGAAGAAUCGCGUGCAAGACAGGCUCCACAUCUUGUAUUUCGUGGCGUGGGAACAAAAGGCAUCACUAGAGGCACCCAAAUGAAAAUAGCUCCACAAAGUAGAGCUAAAACAACUUCUCCACUGAAGCGUCGGCGACGUCGUAGGUCUAGAAAAAUUAACUAA